GGCCUGUAUUUGAGUCUGAAGUGUGGGAUCCAAAGCGUAAAUACACAUACAUUUUCCCGCAAAACCUUACUGGUUAGGGUUAAUGUUUAGAAGAGAGGGAGAAAUAAAUUGAGCUGGGUGCAGUUACAGUGACUUGCUCUGGUAACGAUGACAACUAGAAUCGCACCAGGAGUGGGAGCGAAUUUGCUAGGGCAGCACUCGGCGGAGAGGAACCAAGACGCCACCGCAUAUGUCGGGAAUCUUGAUCCUCAGGUCUCUGAAGAACUUCUUUGGGAGUUGUUUGUUCAAGCUGGCCCUGUUGUUAAUGUAUAUGUGCCAAAGGAUAGAGUAACGAAUCUUCAUCAGGGUUAUGGGUUUGUUGAAUUCCGUAGUGAAGAAGAUGCUGAUUAUGCAAUUAAGAUUAUGAAUAUGAUUAAGCUUUUUGGGAAGCCAAUUCGUGUAAAUAAGGCAUCACAAGAUAAAAAGAGCUUGGAUGUUGGAGCUAACCUUUUCAUUGGAAAUCUUGACCCCGAUGUUGAUGAGAAACUUCUUCAUGAUACUUUCAGUGCCUUUGGAGUUAUAGUUACAAAUCCUAAGAUAAUGAGAGAUCCUGAGACUGGAAAUUCCCGUGGUUUUGGUUUCAUUAGUUAUGAUUCUUUUGAUGCAUCCGAUGCAGCAAUUGAGGCAAUGAAUGGUCAGUAUCUUUGCAACCGUCAGAUCACAGUUUCAUAUGCAUAUAAGAAAGACACUAAAGGGGAGCGGCAUGGUACACCAGCAGAGAGAGUUUUGGCUGCAAGCAAUCCAAGUUCCCAAAAGAGCAGGCCCCACACACUGUUUGCUAGUGGGCCUCCAACACUUCCAAGCAUUCCUCAGGCUAAUGGUACAGUUGGUGCACCAGUGCCUCCGCGCCCGUUUGCAAAUGGUGCUGUUCCUCCAGGCCCAGUUCCACCACUCCGCCCAUCGGCCCCACCAACUGCAGCCUUCCCACCCAUGCAGGUAGCUGGACAACCAGCCUGGCAAGGUCAGCCACCACAGCCAGGUCAAGUAAUGCCACCCCAAGUUAUGCCUCCACCUCCAAUGCAGUUCAGGCCACCUCCUCCAAACAUGCCUCCGCCCCCUCCCCAGGUUGCUCAAGUCCUUCCAAGACCUCCACAGCCAAUGGGAAUGGGCAUGCAACAACAAGUUUGGCGGCAACCACCACCACCCCAGCAGUUGGCUGGGGGCCCCCCUAUGCAGCAAAUGAUGAUGCAACCACCUCCCCCACCCAAUAUGCUACCGCCACCACCUCCAUCUGGUUGAAGUCUAGAGCAGUUAUUCUUAGAGCUGUCUGUAACAACAGCUGUUUUGCUAGGGUACUUUUGAAAUCAUAUGCACCCUUUAGGACCAUAGGGAUAGUAUAAUCUAUGUUUAUUACUUGUACAAGCCUCCUCGAAGACACCAUUUUUCAGGAUGUUUUGUUCUUGAAAAUCAAGUUCAGGUUACUCAAAA